CCCGCGGAGCGCGGCGCGGCGCUCGCCUGGCUAGAGGUCCCCGCCCCGGCUCUUACCUCUUCUCCUCUCUUGCCAGGUCCCGGCGGCGGAGGAGCGCGCAGGGCAGCGGCGGCCAUGUGGGGGUGACAGUCCACGCGCGUUCCGGGAGCGGGCGGGAGCGGACGGGGCUCGGCCAGGGGGACCUCAGCCCGCUGGCAGGCCGGCGCAGGUGUUCGCCAUGGACGCGCAAGGCUUCGACUGGCUUUUGGUCCCGCUGCACCAGCUGGUGUCCUGGGGCGCAGCCGGGGCCAUGGUCUUCGGAGGGGUGGUGCCGUACAUCCCGCAGUACAGGGACAUCCGGAGGACUCAGAAUGCCGACGGCUUCUCCACCUACGUGUGUCUGGUGCUCCUGGUGGCCAAUAUUUUACGGAUACUGUUCUGGUUUGGAAGGCGCUUCGAGGCCCCGCUGCUCUGGCAGAGCAUCGUCAUGACGGGCGCCAUGCUGCUGAUGCUGAAGCUGUGCACCGAGGUCCGUGCAGCCAGCGAGCUGAGCGCCAGGCGCCAUUUCUUUGCAGCUGCAGAUAAUAAGGAUGAAGAAACCAAAGUCCCCCCCAGGCGGCCGCAUCUGGACUUUGACCCUCGCCACUUCUGGCACUGGAGCAGCUUCGCGGACUACGUGCAGUGCGUCCUGGCCUUCACGGGCGCAGCGGGCUACAUCACGUACCUGUCCAUCGACUCGGCCAUGUUCGUGGAGACGCUGGGCUUCCUGGCGGUGCUGCUCGAGGCCAUGAUGGGCGUGCCGCAGCUGUGCCGCAACCACCGCCACCGCUCCACGGAGGGCAUGAGCAUCAAGAUGUGCGCCCCCGCGCAGUUCUCCGUGUGCGGCCUGCUGCAGGUGCUGGUGGACCUGGCCAUCCUGGCGCAGGCCUACGCGUUCGCCUGCCGCCCUCCCAAGCCUGCCGCCCACGCGGCGCACCCCGCCUGUGCCAAGGCCCUCUGAGGCGGCCGGGAGGACGAGGACACGUGACCGCGGGCCUCUGGGACAGGGCGUGGGCGGGCUUCACCCCCUU